GACAACAUCAACAUUUUUUUGUCGUAUGCAGACUCGCCUUUGCAUAAAUUAUGUUCAUAACGUAGUGCUUAACGAGCAAUGUUUAUCGAAGCUGGUGGCUUUUUAAUUACAAAGGAAGCAGCGGCAAGACAAUUUCCUUAAGAGUUUGGGAGCGCCAAAUGUUUCCACAACAAUGGUGAAAACUGUGAAGAAAAAAUAAAAUAUUUCUCAAGGCCUAUCGCUUUUUUAAAAAAUCGAUGCAAAUAUUCCUUCGUUAAAUCAAUAGACUUUCCGUUCGUCUUAAAUUGAAAAAAAGUCUCGACUUUUUUUUCUUGUAACUUGCCUCAAAAGAAUUGUUGGCAAACAAGCUGGUGAAAAGCGAACAGUUUCCGGGCUACUUUCUGCAGCUGAAAGAUUAAAAACUAACGGCAAGGUCAUUGAUGAAGCAGCUGAAGAUGGUUGGGCCUAGUACACUACACUGAGGGACUCCUGCAGAGACGUCCUGGACCUGAGAUGAGUGACCUGUAACAACCACAACCAUCUUCCUAUGUGCCAGUGAUGUGCAAUGGAAACUGGCAGUCUGACAGAGCAGCGUGACGCUUUGUCUAGCACUAAGCAGGCCACUGUGAUGACUGGGCAAGAAAUCAUCAAGAUUUCAUUAAGGAAAGCAGAGGUCUCAUCCAAAGCAGCAGGUGAUGUGGAACCUCAAGGAAUUGUUCUCCCUGCAGCAGUAGUGGUUGAGGAAAACAGCGAGCGCAACAUUUCCACUGAGGCAUUAAGAGUUCACAGAACCUCUAUGGAGAAGAACCACCACUGUGGGUCUACCGAACAAGCAGAGACAACACCACCAUCUGGCCCAACACCAGUGACUGAAGGGCAAGCAGAGCAGCUACAUCUGCAACAACAGCAGACUAUGCCAGUCUCAGCACCCACAAUUUCUCAGAUCUUGCCUUCGGAAAACCUGGCAGCAGUGGUCAUGGCUUCAACAGGUAGUGUCCCGUUGAACCAACCUCUUCUCAUCCCGCUCAACAUGGCUGGUCAAGUUACUGCCCAGCAAGGACUCGUGUUGACUUUUCCCACGGCAUCCAUUGGUUCUCUCCCGAGCCUUACCUCUGUCACUGGGGCAGGAGGCAUUGUCAAGCUCCCUCUGACAAACUUGCAGGCUGCUUCGCUGUUGAACACUGCUCUCCAGCCUACACAGCUUCAACAGGCCUUACAACCUCAGGCCACUCUGCAGUCCCUGCCUACAUCCACUGUUCCCCUAAAACAGCUGGAACCACAAACCCAGGUCACUUCCAUUCACCCAGCUCAAGGCCUGACUUUAAACCCGACAAUACUUAGCAGUCAACCUUCACUUGUGGGUUCUUUGACUGCCACUCCAGUUAUUGCAAAUGCUGUGCCCAGCUUCCAAGGAAUUACAAGUCAGAUCAUAACUAAUGCACAAGGACAGGUCAUAGGAACUGUUCCUUUAGUCAUGAACCCAACAACAAUAACAACAACCAACCCAGUGACAGCAGUGGCAGCACAGAGCCUACAAGUGCAAGCGGUUACACCACAGAUGCUGCUGAACUCCCAAGGGCAAGUGAUUGCAACUGUGAUCAGCAACCAGUUUGUGCCAGUUCUGAGCCGGCAAGGAGUACCUCUCUCACCUGUAAAAGCGGCACAGCAGGUACAACCUCUCCAGACAAUGGCUGCUGUUACGCAACCCAGUGUGACACCAACCACAGCCACUGCACCGACUGAACCCAUUACACCAAGCAGCACUUCCUCCGCUGCCAGUGUUGGACAACUAGUCAGCAAGCCUCAAAAUGCACCCACUGAGGUGGAUGGGAUAAACCUGGAAGAAAUUCGUGAAUUUGCAAAGAAUUUUAAGAUCCGGCGAUUGUCCCUUGGCUUGACGCAGACACAGGUUGGACAAGCGCUGAGUGCUGCAGAGGGACCAGCGUACAGCCAGUCAGCUAUCUGCAGGUUUGAGAAAUUGGACAUCACUCCUAAAAGUGCACAGAAGAUCAAGCCAGUUCUAGAAAGAUGGCUGACAGAAGCAGAAAUACGACACCGUGCGGGCAUACAGAACCUCACUGAGUUCGUUGGUAGUGAACCUUCAAAGAAACGCAAACGACGCACAUCUUUCACACCACAGGCCCUGGAAAUCCUUAACGCCCACUUUGAGAAAAAUACACACCCCACAGGUCAGGAAAUGACAGAGAUAGCCGAGCAGCUGAACUACGACCGAGAGGUGGUUAGGGUGUGGUUCUGCAACAAGAGGCAGACUUUAAAAAACACCAUCAAGCGACUGCAGCAGAAUGACACGACGGGAACAGGUUCAGUUGAACGAUUAUCGGACUCCACAGUAAACAUUGCUGGAACAGGCUGACCUACAGAAGACUCUUUCAGUGAGUUGAUCCAACGUUUUUAUAAAUAGCACUAUGAGGAUCAUUUAGAGGGUAAUGACCAAGCGGCAAAAGUAGACAUCCCUCGAUCACUGCAUCUCUUCUGUCUACUAAGGCAUAUUGUGGUAUACAGCCACAUGGAUGGAGCCAUUAGAGUGAAUUACUGUAAUAUUUAGGAAUAGUAUAUAAGCUGCUGCAUAAUUCAUUUUAUAGCACCCACAGUCCUUCAGGUUAAAUGUCACAGUCAGUUAUAAUUCCCCCUCUUCCUGUCUCAUCUUACUUCAACUUUGUGACCAACUGAGCAUCUCUGAUGUGUAUCCAACUGUCCAAGUUUGCCUUGAGGGGUCCAUACCCUGUAAAAUGAUACAUACAAGGGUGUUACAAGUUGCAAUCCAGCUUUCUGAGAACUGAACAAAUUUAUCUUGUGAAUUCUGAGAUUCGUAUCAGCCAAUUUUGAUCUUUAGUUUACUCCAGGUGACCUUGCCUCAAGCAGAAUAGUUUAGCAGAUGCAAAAUAGACCUGGGGAUCCUGGAGUUGAACAAGAGGUGGGGAGAACAAAAUGCAAUAUUCCUUGUUGCUGCACAAUGACCACACCAGAAAUGUGUAUAUGUGGAAGUCAGGUGAGAAACUAGGCUCAGCUAUGGUUGUCAAGCAUCUAUUUUUCCCAACUGGACUGCCACAAAAGGGUAUGGUGACGGGAUGAAGUUCUAGAAAUGGCAAAAUGCACGCAGCUGCCAUGAUGUUAAAACUGCAGGUACUGGAGUGGCUGGGUGUCCUGCAGUGGAGAGACGAGAGCUCGUGUUGAUCUGUAAAUUGGGGACCUAUGAUGCAGUUUAGAUCCUGGAUUUUAACUGAUGCACCAUGGCUUUUGUAUAGGUCAAUAAGAUUUUAGAGCAACCCUUAGGCAUUGGCUGAUGAUCUUCUGAAAUUAAAGGGGUCUUAAUCCGAAUAAAGCUGCAACACUCGGUUCAUUGUGGACUGUGAUUCAAUGACCACUAUUUGCUUUGGACUGUAUUUUGAAAAGUGUUCACCAGCACAUUGGAGAAGCUGUUUAUGGGUCUUGCUCCAGCUUCAAUCUACUGGAGUGAAGAGGACGAGCUGCCACACCAAAGGCUUGAUGAGGGAACUGCAGGUGCACCAGCAAUAGAAAAAGCAUGUAUACUACAGACCACCCCCACUCUCGUGAGUCUUCAUACUAAGGCUCAGUCUCCUUGGCCUUUGUCAGGAGUAGUGUUUCCAGAUACUCAAAUCAUUUCACUUUGGUUAAGAGAAUUAUCCAGUUCUGGCCUGUCUGUCUCACUAAGGUGCUAACUCAGAAUACUAGCCUCUGCUGCACUGGUACCUGAAACACAUGUAUCAUGUGGUGGUGCAUCUUCAGGACAGGUGAUUUCCUCCAAGCAUUCUUCAUCCUCACAGGCUAUGUUCAGUCAUGUUGAUAAAGAGUGUCUGGAAGAUGGAAGAAUGGGUAAAUGUCUAGUCAGUAAGAAAAUGUAAAUGUCCAUAUGUAGCACCUUACUGGUUGAUAAGUCAAAGUUGCUGAAUGUGCAUUUGGUUAUAUAAAUUGAAGUCAAUCAGACAGCUGUAUGGAGCUGCCAACUUUGCCAUCAGCAAUGCUGAGAAUUUAACUGGGUUCCAUUCUUUCAGAUAUGUCCUCAUCUGCCAGACUCACUCACUUCAGUUAAAUUUGGGAAUUCCCUAUAUGGGUCUUGGUACUGUCCCUUCUGUUCUUCACUCUCCUCUUGUAGUAAGGAUGGUUACCUCCUCUAAGUGUAGUUUGUAAAGUGAAAGAGAAUCAAACAGUGACAAAAGAGUGGAUUUUAGGUAGUUAUGGAUAGUGGCCGCAAGACACAAACCAACCAUCACAUUUCCCUACAUUGAAACAGAGGUACCACUGAAAAAAAGCAGUAAAACUCUUCAGGAUGUCCUGAGGAUGGGGAAGUCACCGUAUAAAUGCAAGUUCCUUCUUCCAGUGCAAAUUGAGGAGGCAUGUUGUGUGUGACACAGACAGGAUGAGAUUAGGUCAUUGGCAACGGUGAAAGGAAGGAAAGAGGGGGACAAUCCCCCUGAUGCUGAGGAAAUUGAUACAGGGUCAAGACUUAGUGCGAAUGUAGUAGGCCAGAAAAUAGAAUGAAAGCAAGCAAUGAGUAAACAAGGACAUGUGCUGACCUUGUCAGGUUAUUAAACAAAUUUCAAGAAUGGAUUCAGAACCUAAAACUAGACUAAGCAUGUAAGCCAGACGUUUUCACCAUGCGGGUGGAAGUCACAUUUACUCCUGUAUCAUGACUCGAAGCUGUAUUGAAAUUAUGUCCAGCUGAUUUGCUUCCAUGUCGUGCAGUGCUGCAGUCUUGUAGCCCUGAGCCACCCUCUUACACCAUGCUCCCAGUUUCAGGUAAAAAUUGGGGCCCCAGUGUUGUCAUGUCUCACUUAGAGAAUGGCCAUUUGGGUCAAGGAUGCAAGGGAAAGUGUACCCAACAAGGAGUUCAGGUUUCCAGGUGAGAGUGGGCAAAAAUAUCAACCACCACUUUUAUUCCUUGUCUUGGGUUUCCCUUUGUAAUCCUGUCAUGUAUCUGCUUUGCUGCAUAGAGCAGCAUCCAUAAGCAAGCAUGACUGAGAAGGAUUAAAGUUUACAGGAGAUUCAUUUUUGGUUACAGCAUAAUUAAUAUGAUCAAUUAAUCAGUGAAAAACAUUGCCUGCAAUAUUUUGAGAUUAUGUUCAUAUUGUAAAAUUAACAACCCUUCAAAAAGUUAUAAAUAUUUCUUUCAAAACCAUGACACUGACAUCUGAAACAUUAGAAGAUACAUCACAGCUCUGACACAGUGCAAAUCACCUUCAUAAAACAAUACUAAUGUCCGACUUUGUUCUUGCUAUCAGGAUAAGAUAGCAAAUGUUCAUCUUCCCAAUUCUGAUUUCCUGUCCAAGUCCAUCCUUCAAACAAGCUUUCCUGAACUGGGAAGGUAGGUAAGGCAUUAUCUUCUCCAAAUCAACAGGAAAUCCAUUUACUGUAAGUUGAAACAGUACCAUGUAUCAGUUUAUGUUCUCUCUGUUGAGAGAUGCUCCACUUAAAAGGGAAAAAAAUCAGUCUUACUAGCCUAGCCCAAAAUAGAAACUCAUUUUUUAGCAGGCAGCAUGAGGGCCUAUGGGACUAAAGUUACAAAGUAUCAAUGGCUUGAAGACCCAGCAUGAGGGAUUGUCUGGAACUACAUCUGGAGGAAACUGAACAAUGCCUUCUUGUGUUAGCCAGCUGUCCAGGCUGGUGGAAUGUUUUACACUUAGUGGAGCAGAUCUUGAUUUUGUGCGAUGGCAAGUAGGCAGCUCUCCCAGUAUUUUAUUUCCAAUGACAUUAAGUUGCCAAUUGGUUAUCACCAUUUUACACAAAACCGCAAAGCCACAGUUACCAACUGAUGUUUUUUAGUACCAUUUCCAGAAAAAUUACAAAUUGGAACCUUUGGGAAGACAUUUACCAUAUGCACCUUCUGUAGCAUAAUAUGUACGGGGUGAUGCCAUUGCACUAACCCUCAUUACAGGACUGCCUUUUGUCAUUUAUAAUACAACCAAAAUACUAAAUAUGUGACAGAUGUGAAGUGAUUGCAUUUGAGGAACAAGUAACUGCAUUGGGAAGCCUCCUGGUACCACCUGAACAUCUAUUGCAGUAGAAACCUGAUUUUUACAUACUAUUUGUUUACAUUUAAAAAGUUAUUAUUUACUCUAAUGUAAAGUGUUCGACAUUUAAAAUGCCAUAGUUCAAAUACUGUAAUUAGAAUAUCUUGACCCAGGGCCAAGUCAGUGUGUAGCCGCUAUCCUUCCUGCCAUCACAGAACAGACAGUAGUUGCAGAUUAUUAUGGAUAACGAGGUGACAUUGUUCAUGUUUAUGUGCAUCAUUGGUUAAAUUUGUUUCUGUGAAUUUUCAAACAACUACCCCCUCCAACCCAAACAUAUGGGAGUCUUUUACAAAUUGAUUCUUGGGGUUUGGCUUGAUACCUACAAGUCCACAUUCAUUGACUAUUCCCUAGUUGCCCUGAGGGCAUUAAGAAUUAACCAUAUCGUCUGAAACUAAAGACACAGAAUUGUUCUGGGUGUAGACACAGAAUUGUUGUUCUGUCUAGGAACGGAGGCACAGUUUAUAGAUCCAUAUGGAGACAAAGCAAUAACAGAUAGGAAAUGACUUGCUCGUCUACCUAACUUGCCCCAUAUAACUGUGAUGUCCUGUGCAUCUCAAUACAAUCCAACUUUCUUUAAAAAAUUAAGUGAGUCAGCAUUCAUUGCUCCCACUGGUAACUUAUUCCACAAUUUCAUUGUCCUCUGGAGCAGGGAAGAACCGCCCAAAAUUCUCCCCAGAUCUGAUCUCAGAGUUUGGGAACAUUGUCCCUGGGCCUGCCUAACCUGACACGUUGAAAUAAUUGACCCACAUAAACACCAUCUAGUUCCAUCAUGAUUCUAUAUUCAGCAAGCAAACAGCAAGCAAACAGCAAGCCAGCAAGCAGGCAAUAGCAAGCAAACAGCAAGCCAAGCAAGCAGCAAAAGCCAGCAGCAGCAGCAGUAUCCAACGAUAACAACCAAGCAUCGGGCUGAGAGCGUAAAGGUCUAAUAGGGACAGCAGGAGGAGCACAAGACUUCUGAAUUGAUUUGGAAACUUAAAGCCGAACCAUAUUGUCAACACCCGCAGCCUUGUUGUGGUGUUGCCACCUUUGCUUAUGACCCCCAAAAUGCCAGCUUAAUAGAAAUGCUAACUAUAUUGUUGCCACCACGUUGAUUUUACAAGACAAUCAGUAUUACUGCAGCAGGUUGUUGGAGUCUGUUACAGUCAUGGUGGUGCUUUUUGAUGUGAUCCAGACACACGUGGUCUAUUUUCAUUACCUCCUCUCUGAAAAUACUGUCUUUUGUUCGGAUACAAUGCCAUUGAGAGCCCUUGCCCAAGUAUGAGCUUAAUCAGGGAGUGUUGCCAGCUUAUUUCAUCACAAGUGCAUCAGAGAUCAAUUUGCUCAAAUGUCCACAAAUAUACAUUUAUCAUAGGAUUGUCAUCAGGAAAAGCACUUCUGUUUAUUUUCCUAACACAGGAAUUCUAAGACUCAUUAUCGUGCAUGGGCUAUUGAAAGACUGGCACAGACUAGGCUUCAAGCUUCGGUCUGUCUCAUUUUGUGUUACUGAGCAGAUGCAUAAAGUAGUUAUAAAUAAAGCAUGCAAUCGUAGGAUACUUUAUUCAAUAACCACACAGUAUACCUUUAAGUAAUGUCCUAAAAUCAAGAUCUAAAUAAGGAAAAUAAUGAGUUCCAAUCUAAUUAAUGAGUACAAAGUUUUGUUUGCAGUUAUUUGCUCCUGCAGUAUUUUAGACAAAUGGUAUAUUUUUUCAUGUGAUGCUCAAUGAAGGUUUCUGAAUGCAGUUUAAUUUUAUUCCCUCCUUUCAUGAAAUAGCAAUAAAUGGUCAGCUUUAAAUGGGCUGUGAACUGACACACAGGGCCCCUGAUGGUCAUCUGGGUAAAGGCACUGCACAACAUUGAUCGAAGCCAAAUGGACGCAAAGGUUCUUGGUUGAAUCAGCAGUCUGUGUUGAAUUAGCUGAUCUCAAUCAGGCAGCAAGAGGACCAAGGAACAGCUGGGUGAAGGACAAGACCAAGAAAAAAAAUCUCCUGGUCAAUCGCCAGUAAAUUAUGCUGGAAUUGCACAGAUUCAGUUGUUGGACAAGAACAGGAUCAGUGUGGACUAUGAUGCUGCUAUGUUGACUAGCCUCCUACCGUUGUGGCUAGGAUUUCCUGAUUCUGUCCUCGCCAACCCACAAUUUUCUGCCAUUCACUUGAAGAGGUGGGAAACUACAAGUUGGCAAACUCAGAAACAGAAAGCCUGAUAAUUCUAUGCAUGUGUUUUUGGGCAAAUUCCCAUCCCACCAAGAUGAAUACCCAGGAGUGAUUCUAACAUCACUUCUUGUUCAAUGUCAGAACUUCAAGGUGAAACGAUAACUUUGAAACUGUUUCUUCCUGCCCACAAUUUUCCUGACCUAUAGUGUGAAAUUCCUGAGGUAAUUCUACGCUGCCUAUUAAUAUAGGGUAUUAAUGUUUGAGAUAUUUUAUAAUUUUAAUAAAUGCAGUGGUUAAAAUAAAGUUGAUUUGACCAAGCCUCUGUUACUGCAGUGGCAGGAAUGAGGCAUGAGAUUUUGAUAUUAAAUUGCUAUGGAGGAGCUACAGAACCUUUUCUUGGAUGCAUGUAAUUUUCAGGUAUAUUUAUAGAUACAUUUGGUGAGUUAUAAGUCAUUUCAGGUGUUUUCAGGGUUUAUUGCUGAAAGUAUUUCCAAAGUAAAUCAACUGGAAGACUUGAGGCAAGAAAAGAGUUGUAUCGAUAUAGCACUUUUCACAACCUCCAAACAUCUCCAAGUCUGGGUGGCACAAGUGGUCAGCACUGCUGUCUGGGACUUGGGUUUGAUUCCAUCCCCAGGUGACCAUGUGUGGAGUUUGCACAUUCUCCCUUUGUCUGUGUGGGUUUCCUCCAGGUGCUCUUGUUUCCUCCCACAACACCAAAGAUGUGCAGGUUAUGGAUUAGCCAUGCUAAAUUGUCUAUAGUAUCCAGGGAUGCACAGGCUAGGUGGGUUAGCCAUGGGAAACGCAGGGUUACAGGGAUGGAUGGAUGGGUGGGAUGCUCUUUGGAGGGUUGGUCUGGGCCACAUGGCCUGCUUCUGCACUAUAGGGAUUCUGUGAUAACCUCCUUCCAGCUAAUGAUGUUGUGAAGGUUUUAACGAGUGCAUAUUCUAAUUAUUCUGUCAUGCAAAAGAUUAGUAGCUAUCUGUUGACAAGGGUGUGGGAGGAGUGGAGUACAGAGUGCACACUGUGUCGGGGAUUGUAGAUGCUGUAACCUGCUUGUUACAUAGGGACCAGGGGCAGCAGAUAGCAUGUCAGCAGAGGUUGGAAAGUACAUUGUGCGGGGACACAACCUGUGGUGAGAAUGUUGUGGAAGAAAUUUGAUCAGUGGGCCAGAAGUUUGGCUUUGGCUGUUAGCAGUGUGUGAGGUAAGAUGAUUUGAGAUGUAGAACCAGCUGCUGACUUCCAAUCAUUUGUUUUACACUAUAGAACAAAGUCAGGAUCAGCACAUGAAUUCACCUAUGAUGCAUUCCAACACCUUGUAUAAACCACACACUUUGGACAAGGCACCAGAGGGAGUGGCUUUGUUCAGGCCUCAAGAUGGACUACUGCAAGUCCCCUUUGAUUUUAAAUGCCCAGAGAAAAACAUCAUUGGGGAUAUAAGAGGUGUUGGUGAGUGUGAUGUGAAACAAAAACUGAGAACUGUUGCCUUUUCCUGCUAAGUGAUUGAUGCAUUAAUCGCUGUUGGGAAAGUGUGGUCAGUAACUUAAUAAAGGGAACAUAAUGUUUUGAGUUGUGUACAACUGGAAAAGAUUGAGGAAGAUAACUUGAGGAAAUGAGAACUGUCACAUAAAGCCUACAAAAAUAUAAUUUCCUUAAACAAUAGGGUGGAGAAGAUAGUAAAAAUUUCUUAUUGUUGGUUUCAAAUGAGCACCCAUUUAUGCUCAUGAGAUCUCAUUCUUAGAGGUGGCAUAAGUAAUCAGUAGCAAAACUAUGAUGUUGUGAAGGUUUUAACGAGUGCAUAUUAAUUAUUAAUGAACUAUAGUUAGUAGUUACAUUUCAUAUGUCUAUUCUAUUUAUACUGCAAGUAUAGAAAAACUUUUCGAAGCAGAAGCUCGUUUUUAAUGUUUUUUCAUUUGCGUUUUGGAAGGAUUUAUCAAAAUCUGGUAAACUUCUGUUCUGAUUUAAAAGAAAACAGAAUUUUUGCUGUAAAUCCUCAUUUAGGCCUCCACCUUUGAAGGAGUGUGAAACGAAAAUUUAGAUUGACUUACUGUGGUCAGAGUCCUGAAUUUAUGAGGUGAACUGCUCUAACAGGUAUUGGGAGCUUGAUUGUCCAACUUCAAGAAAGUUGUAUAAGUACCUAGAGAAAACAAAUAACAAGUUGUGGUUAUGAGAAUUGUGGUGGGAUAUGAUAAUUUCUAAAUACAGGAAACAACCAAUUUGGCUUUUUCUAACCCCAUACAAAAAAAUGGAGCAAGAUAUUGAUUCUGUGGAUUACCUGGAUAGAUGAUACUGCAACAUAAUCUUCAUCUGUUAAUUCCAAAAAUCCCUGAAAAAGCAGGUUAAGAAAUCUGGUAAAUUAUUUUAACAUUGUGUGUCUACGUGUAUACGCACAGACAGAGACAUGUAACAUGGCAAACAUAGUGGAGUUUCUUCACACAUUGUAACCUCCAUGAUUUUAGUGUUUUUUCUGUCUUUGUUGUUGAUACUAAUUAGUUCCUUCAAAACAUUUUGAUUCCUUUAAUCAGUUGUGGAAGAUUUCUGAAAUAAUUAAAAUACAUAGUUUGCAGUGAAACCUGUCUUUAUUAGUGGAAAGAAUACCACAGCUUUCUCAAAUACGCUGCAGAAGAACUACGUUUAUAUUUUCAGUAAUAAAGAACUGAACCUUUAUAAAGUGUUGAUUGUGCUAAGGGAAAUCUCUUUGAACAAGAAGUUGGCAGCCAUGGAGCAUCAAUUUUCACAGAGACAAACACUCCAGAGAUAUACAAUGUAACUCUAACUUGCUGCGAAUCCCAUCCUGUAAACUGCAGGAGUUUUUUUUUUAAGAGCUGUGAAACUACCUGCAUCCAAGUCUGACUGGCAUGAACCUCUGGUGGUAAUUUCCUUCAGAUUUCAGUUCAAAUUCCAGAUGAUCAUACUUCACCACGGCCAUAUUAACCUGACUGAACGCAAUCUCCAAUGUGUUGAAAUUACGAAGCAAUGAAAUUUGUAAAAUAACAUUUUUUUUUAAAACCUGCUGCUCAGUAUUCUGAACAACUCAAAUAAAGCAAUGCAGUCAUCAGCAUUCAGUUCACUGUAUUGAAAACUGGUGUCUUUGAUUUGCUUCACCAUCUCACUCCAUUUUUGUAUUUACUGAAAAUUGUAAGUAGUUUAAAAUAUACUGGAGAUAAGAUGAAAUGGAUGAUUAUUUUUUAAAAGUGACUCCCUGACAUGAAAGGGUGCAAUAAGUUCAUGAUCUCUUAAUGAUUAAUUGUAGUGUUUUUUCUUUGUUGCUGAGUUUAAAUUCUUCAGAUUGUAAUUAGUAGUCAAAGAAAUCAGUAACGGAGAAGUUCCCCAGGUCUGCAAGCAAUAUAUAAUUGUGAAUAAUGGUCUGUUACUAAUUAUUUGUGGAUAGAAGCUGAAAGAAUAAUAAAGCAUUAUUUUAAGACUACAGAACAAAA